CCCGGAGCUGGGCCGGGGGCGGGCCUCCGCCUGCUUCGCCUGAGCCCGGAGAGCACCCGGCACGGCGGCCGCCGACAGAGCAGCGAUCCUCGCUCGCUCGCUGAUACCCGAGACGCGCGGGGUCCCGAGGGCCCGGGCGGGCGCUGCGUGAGGACUCGAGAGGCGGCGCGGGGCGGGCCGCACGCGCCCCCGCCUGCCCCCCGCCCGCGCGCGGACCGGCCCAGCGCAGCCCCGGCGCGGGGAGCGCCGGCCGGGCGAGGGCGCGGGCGAUGCCGCGGUGACGGCCCAGCCAUGGCGAAGCCCCCUGCGGCGGCGGCGGCGGCGGCGGCGUCGGAGGAGCUGAGCCAGGUGCCGGACGAGGAGCUUCUGCGCUGGAGCAAGGAGGAGCUGGCGCGGCGGCUGCGGCGCGCGGAGGGCGAGAAGGUGGGCCUCAUGCUGGAGCACGGCGGCCUGAUGCGCGACGUGAACCGGCGGCUGCAGCAGCACCUGCUGGAGAUCCGCGGCCUCAAGGACGUGAACCAGCGGCUGCAGGACGACAACCAGGAGCUGCGUGAGCUCUGCUGCUUCCUCGACGACGACCGGCAGAAGGGGCGCAAGCUGGCGCGCGAGUGGCAGCGCUUCGGGCGCCACGCGGCUGGCGCCGUGUGGCACGAGGUGGCCCGCUCGCAGCAGAAGCUGCGCGAGCUCGAGGCGCGCCAGGAGGCCCUGCUGCGCGAGAACCUGGAGCUCAAGGAGCUGGUGCUGCUGCUGGACGAGGAGCGCGCGGCGCUGGCGGGGGGCGCGGGCGGCGCGGGCGGAAGCGGCGGCGCGGGCUCCCGCAGCUCCAUCGACAGCCAGGCCAGCCUGAGCGGGCCGCUGGCGGGCGGCGCGGCGGGCACGGGGGCCCGCGACGUGGGCGACGGCAGCAGCACGUCGAGCGCGGGCAGCGGCGGCAGCCCGGACCACCACCACCACGUCCCGCCCCCGCUGCUGCCCCCGGGGCCGCACAAGGUCCCCGACGGCAAACCCGUAGCCACGCGCAGGUCCCUGGAUGACCUGUCGGCGCCACCGCACCAUCGAAGCAUCCCUAAUGGCCUGCACGAUCCCUCGUCCACCUACGCCAGACAGCUGGAGACCAAGGUGAAGCUGCUGGAGGGUGACAAGCUCCUGGCACAGCUGCCCUGCCCCCACGCCCCGCCGAGGAGCUGGCUUCAGCAGGCGGGCUCCGGGGAGUUCCGGACGCUGCGGAAAGGCUUCUCCCCGUACCACUCGGAGUCCCAGCUCGCCAGCCUGCCCCCCUCCUACCAGGAUGCCCUGCAGAACGGCCCAGGCUGCCCUGUGCCCGAGCUGUCCUCACCCCCCUCGGCCGUCUACAGCCCCGCAGGACAGAAGCCCGAGGCCGUGGUGCACGCGAUGAAGGUCCUGGAGGUGCACGAGAACCUGGACCGGCAGCUCCAGGACAGCUGUGAGGAGGACCUGAGCGAGAAGGAGAAGGCCAUUGUCCGAGAGAUGUGCAACGUGGUCUGGAGGAAGCUGGGGGACGCCGCCAGCUCCAAGCCCUCCAUCCGGCAGCACCUGUCUGGGAACCAGUUCAAGGGGCCUUUGUAGGGCCUCUCCUGUGUGAACGCGGACUCUCCCUGCCCGGGGUCCCCAGGGGAGGCGGCGGGCCCUCCGGCUGAGCCGCUGUCGUCUUCUGGGAUGAACUGUACAUAGGACGCUGCCGGCCGGGCCCCCCUCACCCCCAUCUCUCACACCAGCAAACCGGGCAGCCGAGAGGCCGCCUGCUGCUGCCUGAGGUUCCCUGCUGCCGCCACCUGGGCGGCCGCUCCCACCCCGGGCCCCGGCGUCCAGCUCCCCGGGCAAGAACGGAAGGCAGCUCUCUGACGCCAGGCCCCAGGACCGUGCGGGCUGGGCCUGCACCUCCUCCAGCCCUUGCUUCCUGCGUGCCCCGGCCGCCACCGCACUGGGCCGAGGCUACUGGCAGCUGGACACGGUGCGGGCAGCGCUUUUCAUCCGCCUGCUGUCACCCGGACGCUGGCUCCCGAAGCACUGGGUCCCCUGAGUCCCGGAUGGGGUGCUCCCAAGGCCCCUCCCCUGGCCUGUGCCCUGCUCCCCUGCUGCCACUUGGUUUUAGGGUUCACACUCCCCCACCCCCCAGGGUCACCCUGCCCUGCGCCAGGGGUGCCCUUUUUGGUGGCUCCCUGCCCAGGCAUCUCCAUUGUCAUGGUUCUCACGAGGGGCCAGGGGCACAGGGAGGCUGAGCAGAGGCCCCAGGCUGAGCCGCACACGCCCCUCUCUCCAGACGGGUCACACCGGCUCACGCCUUGGCCUCUGGUCCGCCGUGGUGUCCCCUGGAGCCGCGCCCCGUCCUCGCUCCCUGUGGACAGAGCCGCAGGGCUAGUGACAAGAGCCCUGCCCUCCUGGGAAGGGACCUGGCCUGGCUCUGGCUGGAAUUUGCUGCGUGACCCUCACUCAGUCUCUCUCUGCCCCUGGUGCAAAGGGCGGCCUCGGUGGUGCUCUUGGCCACGCCUCCGGUGGGUGCCAUCAGCUGCUGCCCGCCUGUGCCCUCGGCACUGCAGCUGACGGCAUCACCUGCAGGGGGCGGCUGGGGGCAGGCCCCAUGCCGCCUUCUGCUGCCUCAUCAUCCGGUGGACCAUCCCCCUGCCCUGCCCUGCCCUGCCCUGCCCUGCCCGAGCCCGCUGAGGUGGGGUGGGGGCACGAGGAGCUCCUUGCGGCCUCUGAGGGUCGGAUGAGACCCUCGGUGUAGAUGGCUGGGUAUACACUGUAAAGUGCGGUCCGUGUUUCCAAGUUAGUGUUUGAGGAAGAGGAGGCCCAGAGGGUAGGAGGUCCGUGGCUCCCCGCCGGUGAGACCCCAGGGCCUGGGGGCAGGCAGGGUCCCUCGAUGCCGUUGGGAGGCCCUGGCGUCCACUCGCUUCUCGCCCACCCUCGGACCUCCCUGUUCCGGCGGCACUGAGGGCUGCGGCAGCCUCCCGAGGCCCCGGGGGCUUGGCUUUGCAUCGGGCAGCCUCGUCCAGGCCCAUGUGAGGGACGGGGGCCAGGACCCAGCUGCUCCCACUGUCCAUUUGCCUUUGGGGUGACACUCUCAGGGGAAAGGCAUGCACCCCUCCUUGUUCCCAGGAGCUGAGGGGGCCCUGCCGAUGGCCGCAGGCGUGUCCCUCCUGCCCUGGGCUCUUUCUGGGAGGAACUUGCCGUCGGGGCAGGUAGUGAGCUCCCUGUCACGGGGGCGUGCCCUUGGAGCAGGGUGGGCAGCCUUGGUCACGGCACUGCGUGAUCACUGCCCGGGUGGGCAGUGAGCUGGGGGACAGAGGCCCCGAUCUGGUCUUGGAGUCCAAAGAGCCACAGCAGCCGGGGCCCUGGGUCCAUUUCGGUGGGAGCCACGUCUGGGAGCCCCUUCGCCAUGUUUGGAUCAGGUUGGCUCGGCCACAACCGACAAUAAGCAAUAAGGAAGGUCCGCUGGCACCUGCAGCUGCCCCCGGGGAGGGCGGCCUCCCAGGGACCCUCCCCCUCCGGGGGGAAGCAACGCUGCCCUGGGCUGCGGUGGUGCCCGGGUAGCAG